AUGAACGCGAUUUCCGAGUUCGAGAGCAAAAUUGCAUCUCAGCGUUUUGGUUCUUUUAAGGAACUACAAGAUAAUUUGUCCCUUUUUUCGAAUACCUUUGGCUAUCGGUUCGUCAAUGCAAAGUUUAGCUACUAUGAUGAGGGUACGAAGAACCGCGAUCGUUUUGUGUACAAGUAUCUUGACUUAAAAUGCGCAUAUGCUAAGAAACGUGACUGCACUGCCUGUUGCAAUGUGCGGUGCCGACGCAACUUCAUGUAUAUUCGCCACUGGUCUAUGGAACACAAUCAUCCACCAGAUCCUCCAGACACCUCUACGUUGGUCGAUUGUACAGAGUCCUUUAAACGCACUUUUGUCUCGAUGCUGUUUGACAGUUUCACAGAAUUUGAGGCGAAGAUUCGAGAACUAGAACGGGUAACGGGGACAAAAUUUACGAAAUAUUCCUCCCGAAUGCUACCCGAUUCGAGUGAACACCGAGAACGGUUGGUGUACGAAAGAGUCAAUUACGGCUGCAUUCACUCGGGCAAAACAAAGCAUACCAACUCUGUACACGUUGGUGUACGCUCGCAAAAGAUUGGCUGUCAAGCUCGCAUUCGGGCUUGCAUAGCGAAGGACAAAUUGAAGGUUAUGCUGUAUAGUAUGAAACACAAUCACAUCGUCUCCAACGGAUAUCGGCCAUCUGGUCCCUCUCGGUUAUCCAUUCACCUUAGUGAUGGACCAUCAGUGCCCACCGAUGAUUAUGAAACUGCAGACGAUGAUGCAGAAGUCGACUUUGAGCUUGACUUGCCCAAUUUGGCUGCCACAGCUGCAAAUGGCUUUCGCGACGUAGAUUUGCCUGCAAUGCCAAUUGUUCUCAAGAAGACGAAGUCUUCAGACUUGCAGCCUUCUAGUAAAGAGGCGAGACGAGCGAGGAGGCAAAUCCGUUCGGAAUCUGUGAAGUAUACACGCGGUCAAUUCUCAGAGGCUGACUCUUUUUCCCUUCACGAACCUCCCAUCAACUACCAGAGGAGUUGUGACAAGGGACGCUCCAUGACCAGUUUUUAUGGUGGGGAGAUUGACCUUCAGGAUGGAUCCAACAACUUUUAUUCCUACGACAGAUCUGUUCAGGGCACAGAGGAAUUAAACGAGACGAUCGAUGAAAUGCUAAUUCAAAUGGGGAAAAAUAAUGGCCUGGAUCGAACUAUCCUCCAUAAAUUUUCGUACCCCGUUUAUCAGCUAAAGGCUGUUGGUCCGAAUACCCUUCUAGCAGCUGGAGGUGGCGGAAAUUCUAAAACGGGUGUUCCCAAUCGAAUAGAUGUAAUUCAGAUUACUCGCUCCGCAUACGCCCGUACUGAUCAGGAUAUCAACGAUGCUCUUGUACCCCUAUGUGCAUCGGUAGUUGGCGGGUCUAGCACUAAACAGGAAGCUAUAAUGCACAUGACUUUGGGAUCUCAGUCACCUGGCGCAGUGUCUGUCGUGGCUUUAGAAGGCUCCACCUGCCAGGAGUAUUUUCUGCAUGCAAAUGAACUUGAACCAUCUGUGAUUGCUGACAAGAUUUCUAAUGAACAGGAAUCGGCCAUAUCCUCAACUGGCAUCGCGCAUAAUUAUAAGCAUCAACACACGCCUUCUUUUUCGUCCACUUCUUCCUCGGAGGAGGGCCGGACAACCGGAGUCAGCACAACUGUCAAAAUGCGCUCAGCAAAAGGUGGCGAUGAUAAACUCGUGAAAAAGACUGUGGCUGAUAGCAGUGGUGCAGAUCAGUUGCCUUGGACGUGUAAAGCAUUGCGGAGCGUCAGUGUGACCCCCACGGCCGCUUUAAUGAAUCGUCGACGAAUGGACAGUUGCAGCAGUGUAGGCAGUGUCUCUUCAGUUGGCGCUCUUAUCGAUGACGAAUUGACCUGCAUCACGUCUGGGGGACCGGGUGGUGCUUGGUGUGCAGUGGGUACAGUGCAUGGCGGCGUUGCGCUCAUUGACCGCUAUUCGCUGGUUGAUGCGAAGUCUGACACCGAUAAUCGAACCCCCACCUUGUCAUCGGUCUCACCUAUCAGCGCCUCGUAUACAUUUACCUUUGAUGAUGGCGAAGAGGCUGUUUUUCCACUACAGCCGUUUUGCACCCUGACUGACGCAAGUGGGGGUCGCUGUGCCCCGGUUUGCGAUGUUGCCAUUUCCGCAACGGCCUAUACCUCGAAAAUGGGCGACGAUGUCGUCCCAGUGACCCCGCUACUAGCCACUAUUAGUGGGCGGCCCGUGGGCAGUCUACUGUGCAUUUGGCGUUUGCCAAUUGACACUUUUCCUGGUGGUAUCACAGCCUCCAAGCGCGUCAAAUUCGCUGACGGGGAAAGCACCCAACAGCCGGAGUUUUUCGCACCUAUUCUUUAUGCAGAGGUGAAAAUGGAGAACGCGCCCAUUCCUGCUGAUCAGAAGGCCGCCCAUACUCGAUCCAAGAAGCCGGAAAAUGGUACGCGCUUCCGUCACUGUGAAUUUCUUCGUUGGAUUCACCAGGCUCAUCCGCCGACCCAUUCUCUAGUCGAUAGUGGCCUUUUUACCUUUUUGGUAACCACAGAACAGCCUGUCAGUCCAACAACACGCUCCACCUGUCACCUCUCCGUUUGGCUCGUGCCCGUGCAAACCGCACAGGCUGUUAGACAGCAGAAGCAGCAACAGCCCGUCCUCGGGCUUGAGCGCUUCGCGAGUGUGCCACUCCCCCCGGGUGAAAUCCCCGCCUGCAUUGCCGUGCACCCGAGCAGCGAAAGGGGCGUCAUUGCACUGGGGACUAUGGAGGGCUCAGUCGACGUUUUUGUAAUCUCUUUGAGGAAACGCAGUCUCGAGCGCGCCUACAGUAUGCAAAAAGCGCACCCAAUAUUCGUCACCAGCCUCUGUUUUCUUCCGCCUCGGAACAGGCACCCUGCGCCCACUGACACGGCGUCACACCAACCUCUGCCGCCACACUAUGAGCUAGUUAGUUCCAGCGCCGAUCGCGUUAUCCGCUGGCACCGGGGCCCGUCCAUGGAACGUGUGGCCUCCAUUAGCACUGGACUCGAAUCCGACAAAAGUCUGGUGUCAGCUAGAACCGUUGUGCUUCUCUUUUUUGUUCUCCUACUGCCGCUUAUCCUCGCUCCUCUGAAUGCGUUGUUAAGUCGGUAA